UAUAUAUAUGCACUAUAUCAGCAAAAGUAUUGGGACACCCCUCCAAAUCAUUGGAUUCAGGUGUGCCAAUCACCUCCAUGGCCACAGGUGUAUAAAAUCAAGCACCUAGGCAUGCAGGCUGCUUCUACAAACAUUUGUGAAAGAAUGGGUCGCUCUCAGGAGCUCAGUGAAUUCAGGCGUGGUACAAUGAUAGGUUGCCACCUGUGCAAUAAGACCAUCUGUGACAUUUCCUUGCUGCUAAAUAUUCCACGUCAACUGUUAGUGGGAUUAUAACAAAGUGGAAGCAACUGGGAAGAACAGAAACUCAGCCACGAAGUGGUAGGCCAUGUAAAAUGACAGAGUGGGGUCAGCGCAUGCUGAAGCGUACAGUGCACAGAAGUCGCCAACUGUCUGCA